AUGUCCAAUGUAAAACCGAAGAGUGCGUCAGAUAUAUUUUGUGAUGCACAUGCUUUGCAUGUAGUUGACACAAGCAGAGCCAAAGACGGAGUGUGGUUAGUGAAAGUUCCAAAAUAUUUAGCUGAACUUUGGCAUAAUGCUGGCCCUGAUGGUGUAGUUGGCAAAGUUGUGAUCGCAAGCUCAACUAGUGCAUCUCAGAAUGGCAACAAAGGCCCAGGGUCACAAGUCACUCUUGUUACUGAUUCAGAACUAUUAAAUCAAGUCGGAGAGUCCGGAAAUCUGAUACCAAAGGAACAUCAGUUUCUGAUUCAAACUUCUGCAUCAUCAAAUAGUACACCUGUGACUGCUCGCCCAGGUCAAACUACUCCAAGUUCGACAGUUCAAAGGCGUCCUGGGACUAUAUCUGGACAAGAACUCAUAAUUUUAUGUGAAGACGACCUCGGAUGUGCUCAAACCAACUCGUUUCCAUCUUCGACGACCAACACAACUUCAAUUUCCUCUACAGCCCCACAUUCUCCAUUCUCAAAUAAACCGUGCGCUCGUUACUCUCGGCGACUAUCUUUGUUUGGUCGUGUUAAUAGUAGAGCUGAAUGCAGACCACCACCCAACACAAGAUAUAUGAUGCUCAAAGCUCAACAGCUCAAAGCAAAGAAUCGACCGCGACAUGCAGUCUGUCUCCUUUAUGAACCAGUAAGAAAUUACAAACCAGUUUCCAAUCAUGUCAACAAUAUCGAGUAUGAAAAUCGGAAAAAGGUUGAGGGUAAAAAUCUUAGACGUGAAAAAGAAGACGUUUUGCAGGAUUUGUUCAAAGCUUUCGAAAGACACCAAUAUUACUCUAUUAAAGAUUUGGUUGUACUUACUAAGCAACCAUUGUUUCAGUUAGUUUUAAUCAUAAUUCUGAUCAAAUUCGAAAUACGUUGAUACCGUAGAAUCUACUAACACGUAUCACGUUCGAUGAUUGGUCGUAUAUGUCUCAUCGUCGUUUACUUAUAACUAGUCAAAAUCCUCAGUAAUUAUUGGUUAAAACUGUGUUUAUUAAAUCCAUUAUUUUUAGAUGUUAGAUUAAUUCUGUCAAUUUAUCGUACAUAUAAUCACUGAUAUGUUUUCCACCCUUAACCUUCUUUUGUUUAUCUUGCGUUUACAAGCAAAAGCACCAUCAUAAAAAUGAAUUCCUGUCGAUAACCAUGGCGGGAUUCAAGAAAGGAAGAACAAGAAAACAGCGAUUAACAGCAGCCGAACAGCAAUAGAGGAUGUCAAGGCGCAAUCUGGACACACCAAAGCAAACAAGCAAGUGAAAAGAAGAAUUAGAGCUGACAAACAGAAAUAUGCAGAAGACCUGGCAGCGACAGCGGAAGAAGUUGCUAAGGGAGAGAAUAUGAGACAACCAUAUGACAAAACGAAGAAACGAGCAGGGAAAUAUAGUUAACCAGAGCAACCGGUCAAGGACAAAGAACGCAAACCAAUCACUGAGGUUCAAAAACAGAAGAAAAGUUGGUAGAGCACUUUGAAGAACUCUUGAAUAGUCCAGCCCCACUGAACCCACCGGACAUCGAAGCAUUACACACAAACCUUCCUAUAGCUGUCAGUAACAACGAUCAAAGAAAUUAGGAGUGAAAAAGCAGCAGGACCUGACAACAUACUAGCCGAAGCAGUGGAGUCAUAUCAGGCGGCCUGUUUGAAUAUCUGGGCCUACCUGUCUCUGCC